GCUCCAGGCUGCCUGAUGGAAGCUCUCUGUCCAGCAGCAGCUCGCAACGACGCAAGCCAGACUCCAACUCGACCAUCACCAACCCCCGAACUCCCACCUCCGGCAGUGGAAACUAGUGACUUUUCCCACUCCCUCAAGCCCCCGCCAAUUCGACCGUUACAGCAAUAAUAACAACCCAAAUUCACAUUCACAAUGCAGACGUCGAUAGGAACAGGCUACGAUCUCUCCAACUCCAUCUUCUCUCCCGAUGGCCGCAACUUCCAAGUCGAGUACGCCGUGAAGGCGGUCGAGAACGGCGGCACCUCGAUCGGCAUCCGGUGCAAGGACGGCGUCGUGCUCGCGGUGGAAAAGAUUGUCACAUCCAAGCUCCUCAAGCCAGGUGCCAACAAGCGCAUCGCGACCGUGGAUAGACAUUUGGGUGUUGUAUGUUCCUCUCUCUUUCGUUUCCUCUCUCUUCGUCCAUCCCGCCCGCUAACACGACCUUCCCACUCCCAGGUAUACUCCGGCAUGCUCCCCGACGGCCGGCACUUCGUAGACCGAGCCCGCGACGAAGCCCGCUCAUGGCGCGACAACUUCAAGACCCCCAUCACAACCUCCGACCUGGCCUCCCGUAUGGGCAACUACCUCCAAGCCCACACCCUCUACCAGUCCGUCCGCCCCUUCGGCAUUACCGCCAUCGUAGGCGGCUUCGACGCCCAGGAGGAGCUCCCCGUCGACGGCCAAGUCGGCUCCGGCCCCUCGUGCGGCGCCGGCGGCAAGAACCCCGACAAGAAAUACGGCGGUCCUUUUCUCUACAUGAUUGAGCCCUCGGGUCUGUACUGGGGGUACUAUGGUGCCGCUACCGGCAAGGGGAGACAGGCGGCCAAGGCUGAGCUGGAGAAGCUGGACCUGACGGGCGAGGGGAUCACCUUGGAGGAGGCGGUCAAGGAGGCGGCGAGGAUUAUCUAUGUUGCGCACGAUGACAGCAAGGAUAAGGAGUUUGAGCUGGAGAUGAGCUGGAUCAGCGGGAGGGAUGGUCCGACUAAGGGGUUGCAUCAGGAGGUUCCCAAGGCGUUGAGGGAGGAGGCGGAGAGGUUGGCGAAGAAGUCGCUGGAUGAUAGUGAUGAUGAGGAGGAGGAGAAGAAGGAGGGGGAUAAGAUGGAGGAGUAAACAUGAUUAAAGAAGAACGGGCGAGGCGUUGCAGGUGGGAACAAUCGGAAUUGUAUUUGUAAACAUUUGGCAGCGAUAAAUUUAUGGCUGGCGGGCAGACUGGAGGUACAAGAUACCCCGUCUGUGGCCUGUAGGCCUGGAAUUGCAUUACGGACUUGCCGAUGCUGUUGGAGUGACAGAUUGGAGGUUAUGGUUAGUCCUGA